CAGCCCCCAAUAAGGGGUAAAACUGUCCUUCCACCACCUCUGCAUCUGCCCAGAGAGCAGCUCAUAGUCCUUAAUCUCCCAUUGCCACUUUCAAAGCUUCCCUUACACCAUAGUUUUCAUCGGAGCACACAAACACACACGCAGGCUUCAAAGAAAAAGGCUUUAGCAAGAAAAAGGCUUAUACUUCCUUACAGGAUAUUUAAGGAAGCAUUACUAUUAAAACGACAUGGCUGCAAGUGCAACUCCCGGCACUCAAAUUCUAUCUCCAAAGUCUCUUGUUCCCGCGUCUCAUGCAAAUUGCAGAUCGAGCAUAUCUUAUUUCGGCAAUGAAACCAAAGGCACGUCUCGAACAAAGCUUAGAAGCUCUUUUUCUCUACCGGAAACACAGUUGUUCUCCAAAACUUACAAAAUAAAUCUGUCGAAACGUGAAAGGCUGUGUGUAAACGCAAUGUCGGGAGCUAGUGAUAAACAGCCUUUGCCAGGAUUGCCUGUUGAUCUGAGAGGAAAAAGGGCGUUCAUUGCCGGUAUAGCUGAUGAUAAUGGGUAUGGGUGGGCCAUUGCAAAAUCUCUAGCAGCUGCCGGAGCUGAAAUUCUAGUUGGGACUUGGGUUCCUGCACUAAAUAUCUUCGAAACCAGCUUACGGCGUGGGAAGUUUGAUGAGUCACGGGUGCUGCCAGAUGGUUCUCUAAUGGAAAUUGCAAAAGUCUACCCACUUGACGCUGUUUAUGACUCUCCCGAAGAUGUUCCUGAAGAUAUCAAAACAAAUAAACGGUAUGCAGGAUCUUCAAAAUGGACUGUGAAGGAAGUUGCUGAAUCGGUGAAACAGGAUUUUGGCACAAUUGACAUUCUCAUUCACUCGCUUGCCAAUGGUCCAGAGGUUGGUAAGCCUCUGCUGGAGACAUCCAGAAAUGGUUACCUUGCAGCAAUCUCCGCAUCAAGCUAUUCGUUUAUUUCUCUCCUCAAACAUUUUCUUCCCAUCAUGAAUCCUGGCGGUGCCACAAUAUCUCUAACAUACAUUGCCUCCGAGAAAAUAAUACCAGGAUAUGGUGGUGGGAUGAGUUCAGCAAAAUCUGCUUUAGAGAGUGACACAAGGGUGCUUGCUUUUGAAGCUGGAAGAAAACACAACAUUAGAGUCAACACCAUAUCUGCAGGCCCAUUAAGAAGCCGUGCUGCAAAAGCUAUCGGAUUUAUCGACGUGAUGAUCGAUUACUCGUUGGAGAAUGCACCUUUGCAGAAGGAGCUAACUGCCGAUGAGGUUGGAAAUGCUGCUGCUUUUCUGGUGUCUCCACUGGCUUCGGCUAUUACUGGUGCCGUUGUUUAUGUUGACAAUGGGCUUAAUGCAAUGGGAGUUGGAGUUGACAGCCCGGUUUUUCGGGAUCUUGAUAUACCAAAAGCCAGGAAAGAUUAAGAGUUGAACAAUAGUGUUGAAUGGGGAAGAACUUAAAACAAAUUUUUUUUUUUUCAUUGAAUAAAUUUGUGUUAUUGGGAAUUAGGUGGCAUGUGGCAUUUGAAUUUUUUAAGUAAUAAAUUAUGACAUGUUUGUUUAUGAAAAAUUUUCAAAAAAAUUUCAACAUUUUAAUUCAACCAUUUUUUUUAAUC